AUGGACCUCUUCCUCUACAACGACACCCAUCGCCUGUGGAUCUGUGGUCCCUGUGGAUUCGCCGUGCGGCCCGCCCAUCUCGCCGCCCACCUGGCCAACCGCCAUCCCAAGCAUCCCUCCGCGGCCACCCCGGCCCUCCGCCGGGCCGCCUGUGCCCUGAUGCUCAAGCGGCCCUGCUGGGACCCCGCGCGGGAGCCUGACCGUCCGGUCCCGCCGCCCCCGGCCCCGGGGAGUCCGCCGGUCCCGGGGCUCCCCGUCCACCCGGGCUAUCGCUGCCCCCACCCCGACUGUGCCUACAUCGUGUGCAAUCCUGAGAGCCUCCUGCGGCACCGGACCCGGAUCCAUGCGGACCGUCGACCCCGGGGCCGACAGCCCCCGGCCAGCCAGGUGUCCCCGCUGCCCCUGUAUCGGACCGUCAGCUGUCAGCGCUUCUUCCCCUCCGGUGCCGGCAGCGGUUUCUUCCAGGUCACCCCACCCGCGCACACGGAGCGGGCCCGCCAGGCGGCCACCAUGGGUGAGGUGGAGUUCAUCCGGAGGCAGGUGGCCGGGGCCCUCGCCGAGGACGCGGCGGCGGCGGAGGCCGGGGCCCAGCAGGUGCCGGACCCGGAUGCCAAAGCGCCCACCGAGAUAUCCCCCUGGCUGGAGCUCACCCGGUGGCCCGAGUUCCUGCAUGGGCAUGCCUUCACAGCGGUAGCCCCGCUGGCUGCACCACCGGAUCCCACAGCUGAGCCCCUUCUGACAGUGUUCAGCGCCAGCGUCGAGCGGCUGAUCGAGGCGGCCUACCAGUCCAUCAAGACGCGGCGGAUCAACGAGUUUGACCAGAUCCGAAUCAACAGCUUCCUGCAACGGCCACGGGUGUGGGACCGGCCCAUCCUGAUCCAGCUCCGGCCCUCCACCUACCGGGCCUACCGGCAGGUCUGGCAGCGGCUGAUCUGCUUCGCCUACCGCACCAGCCGCCCCAAUGCAGCCGUGCAGCUCGGCCACCAGCUCACCACUGCACAGCUGGCGGCCCUGGACCGGAUGGAGACGGCGGCAGCGGAGCUGCUGUCAUUGCCCUCGCCACCACUCUGCACACCCGGGCCCGGGGCGGCGGAUCAUCCACCAUGGACCACAGGAGGGGGCCCAUGGGUCGUCAUCCAGACGCCCCGUGGGGGAUCGGGAUCGGGACCCGGAGGGGGACCGGAGGACCGAGCGGCGCCAUGCAGCAUAUGA